UUGAACCUCCUAGUCUCUGCUGAGCUAUCCUCAUUGCUUAGAAUGCUUCCUUAUCUCCAUCUUUCAAGAUCUAGGAUAUAUGUCACCUCCUCCAGGAAGCCUUCCUGGAUUGCUUCAUCCUAAUUCAUCUUUCUCUUAGGUUCUAUGUUCUCCCCUCACUUCAUGAAACAUUCUUCCUCUUAGAUCUAACACAGUGAUUCCUCUUAGAGCUAACUUCAUCUCCCUCUUCUCUCACAAGCGUGUUGCUCUCUCCUUCCUUCUCCUCCCACUCCCAGGAACCACCCUCUAGAUCUUUGAUCUAGAAUCUAGAUGAUUCUUGGAUUUAGACAAAUCUAAAAUUCAUCUCCAGGGAUGAAUGGUGAAGCAAAAUAUGAAGGGGGAGGCUUUGGAUUGUGGAAGUGCUCAUCCUUUAGUAGUUUAUUUAGUCAACACAGUGAUGGUUUCAGCCCCUCCUGGGUGAUGACUUCUGCUGAGUCUGGGGACAUUUACAGAGGACGGAGACCAGUCCUGACCCUAGGCUGGCACAGGGCUAAGGAGAAGGACCACAUCUUUGUGGUGGGCCCAGAGUGUGCCAGGCCCUGGGAAGAGUAGGGAACCCAGAGAUGACCUAGGCCCCGCCCUGACCCUGGCAGAGACAGUUUAGGGGAAACCACCUCUUUCCCCUGCCCUGACUUGCCACCUUUUUGUCCUUUAGCUUAUGUGUUUUCUCUGGAAGGCAGGGUGUGACGGUCCUUUCCGUAUUCCUAAGGCUUCCAGGGAGCUGGGGGUGGGGAGAGUGAAAUAGCAGGAGGGGGCUUCGUGAACACAGGCCUAGCUCACCAGGGUUGGGCUGGAGAGGUGGAAGGCUGGGCUGUGAUCCUGUGAUCCUCUCCGUGAGCCCUCCCUUUUCAGUUUGCUGUAUACUUGGGGCUCAGCCUGCCUCUCUCUGGGUUACCAUCUCAAAGUUUCUAAAAAUCGACUGAUUAUAGAUUAAUGAUUACCCCAGUAGAGUGGGCAAGAGAGAGGCUGUGGCUCCUGGCCUUUGGCAGGGCCCUGGUCAGCCAGCAGGGAGCAGGGCUUGUGGUCUGCAAGGAUAGAAGAUGGGCCGGGCCUGCGCUGACUGAGAAGCCCUCAUCUUAGCUUCCCCUAACCCCUCCAUCUCUGCCCUCCCUGAUCCCGACCCAGUGCCAGCAGAGAGAAACCAGAAGUUUGUCCAGGCCCAGCCUCCUUCCCCUGGGUUUCUGAGUUUUCUCAACCUGCUGUUUCCUCUCAGCCCUGUUUCUGUUUGGGGUCUCUGGGCCAGGUUGAACAGGGGAGGAGCACUGAUCUAGGAGUCUCAAUGGACUGAUGAGGGCUUCCGACAAGAAAUGGCUGUUGGGCUGGGCCUGGGUGGGUGAGUAGGGAAGGUGAGUUUGCUUUGUGGGGAGCUCUUCGGAAGGAAGGCGUCCAGGCUUGCGAUCAGUCAGACCACGAGGGGCCCUUGCUAAGCUGUGAGACCUGGAGUGAGUUAGCUGCUUCUGUGUGCCUCAUCUUCCUCAUCUACGAAAUGGGGAUAAGGGAACCUCCUCUAUGAGCUGUUGUGAGGAUUAAAUGAGAAAAGGCACAUUAAACCCCUGGCUUGGCAGCAUCUGGUGCUCCCAAAAUGUUGGCUCUUGUCAUUCUCACAGAUUUCGUGUUUAUUCUGCAAGUGCCAGUGGAAGAUGUGGAGGGGACCAGGGAGGAACACAGAGGUGAAGCCGUAAAGGCCCCUGCCCUCGAGGCCGCUGCAGUCUCUGGGGGAAAACAGGGCCCAGAGCCUGAUUGCUACAAAGCAAAACACUGGGAGGGGGCGGCAUGGCCCACGUGACUGGCCCUGAACUGGGCAUUGGGCCAACCCGGGCUUGAAUUUCAGCUCUUCCUCUGGCUGGCUGUGCGACCUUGAGCAAGUCACUGCACCCCUCUGAGCCAGCAUCAUCUCUAAUGUGGAGAUGAGGAUAGUGCUGGCCUCCUGGGUUGCUGUGGAACGUUGGGCCAGAGCACUAGCCUCACGGAGAAGGAUCUGAAAGAGGCCAAGGCUCGGAGCCAGCAGAUUGCAGCGCAGCUGACCACCCCUCCCAGCUCCAAUUCCCGUGGCGUCCAGCUCUUCAACAGGCGCCGGCAGAGGGUGAACGAGUUCACCUUGGAGAGCCACGGCCAGAGGGGACAGAAGCCCAGCCAGGAGUCCCUCAAAGUGCUCCCUGAAAGCCCCCCAGGCCAUGCCCCGGGGCUCAGCCUGAGUUCCACCUCGCUGCCGGAGCCAGGCCCUCCACGGCACCCCAAUCCCCAGAGCCCCGACAGCGGGGUCCCUGGCCACAGCAUGGAGGGGUACUCAGAGGAGGCUAGCUUGCUGCGGCACCUGGAGAGGGUUGCCAGUGAGGAGGAAGAGGUGCCACUGGUGGUUUAUCUAAAGGAGAACGCAGCACUGCUGACAGCCAAUGGGCUCCACCUGUCCCAAAACCGAGAGGCCCAGCAGUCCUCACCAGCCCCACCUCCAGCUGAGGACCACAGCCCAGCUGCAGAUGUCAACCAAAACCUUGCCUCGCCCAGUGCCACACUCACCACACCAGUUUCUAACAGCAGCCACAACCCGCCAACCACCGAUGUCAAUCAGAACCCACCGGCAACUGUCGUUCCGCAGAGCCUGCCACUUUCUAGCAUCCAACAGAAUUCCUCAGAGGCCCAACUCCCAUCCAAUGGCACAGUGCCUGCUUCCAAACCCAGCACCCUGUGUGCUGACGGGCAACCCCAGGCACCGGCUGAGGAAGUGAGGUGCAGCACACUCCUAAUUGACAAGGUAUCAACUCCAGCUACCACCACCAGCACCUUCUCCAGAGAAGCUACGCUCAUCCCCAGCUCCAGGCCCCCAGCCUCAGAUUUCAUGUCCAGUUCCCUGCUCAUUGACCUCCAGCCCAACACCCUGGUGGUGUCAGCAGAUCAAGAGAUGUCUGGGCGAGCAGCUGCCACCACACCCACCAAGGUCUACAGUGAGGUCCACUUCACACUGGCCAAGCCCCCAUCAGUGGUCAACAGGACGGCCAGGCCUUUUGGGAUCCAGGCGCCAGGGGGCACCAGCCAGAUGGAGAGGAGCCCCAUGCUAGAGAGACGACAUUUUGGAGAGAAGGCCCCGGCUCCCCAGCCCCCCAGUAUCCCAGACAGGAGUCCCCGGCCACAGAGACACAUAAUGUCCCACAGCCCCAUGGUGGAAAGGAGGCUGAUGGGGCAGCGAAGCCCAGCCUCAGAGAGACGCCCCUUGGGGAACUUCACUGCACCCCCCACCUACACUGAGACCUUGUCCACAGCCCCUGUGGCUUCCUGGGUGAGGUCUCCUCCCUCAUAUUCUGCCCUGUACCCCAGCUCCGACCCCAAGUCUUCUCAUCUGAAGGGCCAGGCUGUUCCUGCCAGCAAGACAGGCAUUCUGGAGGAGUCGAUGGCCCGCCGGGGCAGCCGCAAAUCCAUGUUUACCUUCGUGGAGAAGCCCAAGGUGACCCCGAAUCCAGACCUGCUGGAUCUGGUACAGACAGCAGACGAGAAGCGGCGGCAGAGGGACCAGGGGGAGGUAGGCGUGGAGGAGGAGCCCUUCGCACUGGGGGCCGAGGCCUCCAACUUCCAGCAGGAGCCAGCACCUCGCGACAGGGCCAGCCCUGCGGCGGUAGAGGAGGCGGUCCCAGAGUGGGCCUCCUGCCUCAAGUCACCCCGCAUCCAGGCCAAGCCGAAGCCCAAACCCAACCAGAACCUCUCUGAGGCCUCUGGGAAGGGGGCUGAGCUCUAUGCCCGCCGCCAGUCACGGAUGGAGAAAUACGUCAUCGAGUCUUCAAGUCAUACACCGGAGCUGGCCCGCUGCCCAUCACCUACCAUGUCCCUGCCUUCCUCUUGGAAAUACCCCACUAACGCCCCCGGGGCCUUCCGAGUGGCAUCCCGAAGCCCAGCCCGGACCCCGCCUGCCUCCCUCUACCAUGGCUACCUGCCUGAGAACGGGGUCCUGCGCCCAGAGCCCACCAAGCAGCCGCCGUACCAGCUGCGGCCCUCGCUCUUUGUCCUCUCGCCUAUCAAGGAGCCUGCCAAGGUCUCGCCAAGAGCUGCCUCGCCUGCCAAGCCCAGCUCCUUGGACCUCGUGCCCAACCUGCCCAAGGGGGCUCUCCCUCCGUCUCCUGCCCUGCCUCGGCCCUCCCGCUCCUCACCGGGCCUCUACACCUCCCCCGGCCAGGACAGCCUGCAGCCCACUGCUGUGAGCCCUCCCUACGGCGGUGACAUCUCCCCUGUGUCUCCCUCCAGGGCAUGGUCUCCCCGAGCCAAGCAGGCCCCCAGGCCCUCCUUCUCUACCCGGAACGCCGGGAUUGAGGCUCAGGACCGCCGGGAGAGCCUGCCCACCUCCCCUCCCUGGACGCCGGGCGCGUCCCGGCCCCCCAGCAGCCUAGACGGCUGGGUAAGCCCGGGGCCGUGGGAGCCAAGCCGCGGGAGCAGCAUGAGCAGCCCCCCGCCGCUGCCGCCGCCCCCGCCCAUGUCUCCCUCGUGGAGCGAGCGCUCUGUGUCCCCGCUGCGACCGGAGACCGAGGCGCGGCCCCCCAGCCGCCAGCUGCAGGCGCUUCUGGCGCGAAACAUCAUCAACGCGGCCCGGCGCAAGAGCGCCUCCCCGCGGUCGGCGGGCGCCGAGAACCUGCGGCCCUUCUCCCCGCCAAGGGCACCGCCGCCGCCGCCCCCACGCAUGCGCUCGCCACAGCCCGCCCGCCCCGGCUCGGCUGCUGUGCCGGGGGCAGCCUUCGCGCCCAUCCCGCGGAGCCCGCUUCCCGCUGGGCCGUCGUCCUGCACCAGUCCCCGGAGCCCGCUGCCCGCGCCUCCCAGGCCCUUCCUCUACCGCCGCUCGCCCACGGACUCCGACGUGUCCCUCGACUCCGAGGACUCCGGGGCUAAGUCUCCCGGCAUCCUCGGCUACAAUAUCUGUCCCCGCGGGUGGAACGGCAGCCUUAGGCUGAAGCGUGGCAGCCUCCCCGCCGAGGCCUCCUGCACCACCUAGAGCCCCACCCCCGGCCCCACCCCGGGAGGACAGAGCCAGAAGAAGGCUCAUCAGACCUGGGGGACCCAAAGGGUCUGGCCUCUUUGGGCAGCCCCAGAGCUGAGUGGUCAGCAGAGGAGAGCUCUGGGUUUGGGGAUGGGUUAGGGACGCAAGCUUGAGUUCUAGCCCUUGCUGUCAUUCAGCUGUUGUGUGACCCUGGGUAAGACCCUUCCUCGUUUGACCCUCAGCUUUCCCAUCUGUUUAAUGGUGGCUUUCGCCAAGACAAUCCACAAACGUCAAAAUUCCCCUUCCCAUCAAUACACACAUACACACACUCUCUCUCUCUCUCUCUCUCACACACACACACACACACACACAUACACGUUAGUGCCUUGGAUGAAGCAGGGCAGUGUGUAUAUGGACCCCUGGACUUGCUGCCUUCGGGAUUCCAUACUCCUCCCUCCCCUCCUGGCUCUGCUCUCUGGAGUCUGGCAAGUACAGUGUGUUAGGAAGAUCCUAGGCCUAUGUCCCAUGUCCAGGCACUGGCCUGACCAUCCGGCUCCCUGGCACCAAGUCCCAGGCAGGAGCAGCUGUUUUCCAUCCCUUCCCAGACAAGCACUAUUUUUAUCACAAUGACCUUUAGAGAGGUCUCCCAGGCCAGCUCAAGGUGUUCCACUAUACCCUCUGGAGAGAAGAGGCAGGAAAAUUCUCCCUGGGUCCCUCUCAUGCUACUUUCUCCACCCCGGUUCAGACUGUCCAGGACAUCUUAUCUGCAGCCACAAGAGAACUAUAAGGCAGUGAUUUCCCUUAGGCCCAGGACUUGGGCCUCCAGCUCAUCUGUUCCUUCUGGGCCCAUUCAUGGCAGGUUCUGGGCUCAAAGCUGAACAGGGGAGAGAAGAGAUACAGAGCUACCAUGUGGCUUUACCUGAUUGCCCUCAGUUUGGGGUUGCUUAUUGGGAAAGAGAGAGACAAAGAGUUACUUGUUACGGGAAAUAUGAAAAGCAUGGCCAGGAUGCAUAGAGGAGAUUCUAGCAGGGGACAGAAUUGGCUCAGAUGACCCCUGAGGUCUCUUCCAGUCUUGAAAUGCAUUCCAUGGUAUUAGGAAGCGGGGGGUGGGUGCUGGUGGUGGGCUAGUCGGGCUUGAAUUUAGGGGCCGAUGAGCUUGGGUACAUGAGCAGGCUGUUAAGUUAGGGUCUGCCUGUAUUUCUGGCCCCCUUGGAAAUGUCCCUUCUUCAGUGUCAGACCUCAGUCCCAGCGUCCGUAUCGUGCCCAGAAAAGUAGACAUUAUCCUGCCGCAUCCCUUCCCCAGUGCGCUCUGACCUAGCUGGUGCCUGGCGUCCAGUGACCUGGGGGAGCCUGGCUGUAGGCCCUCUCUGAUUCCCUAAAACUUGGUGGCUCUGAUUCCAGUCCCCAGGUGGGACUCAGGGAGGAAUAUGGCUGAGUUCUGUAGUUUCCAGAGUUGGCUGGUAGAGCCUUCUAGAGGUUCAGAAUAUUAGCUUCAGGAUCAGCUGAGGGGAUGGAAUUGGCUGAGGAUCAAAUGUAUGUAGGUGAAAGGAUAGCAGGAUGUUGCUAAAGGUGAUGGAGAGUAUGGGUUUAGGACUUACCCGUCAGGGUGGUGUUAGAUCUAGAACCCCCAAGUGAGGCUGGAGAGAGUUAAGGUCAGUAUGAAAGAUAGGGUUGGGACGGGGUGCUUUGGAAUGAAAGUGUGACCUUAGAGUGCUCCUUGGGCCUCAGGAAUGAGGACACAGCUCCUGGUGGUGUGAAGAUGAGAAGGGGCUCUUACUCAGUUAAUGAUGAGCGACUAUAUUUACCAAAGCCCCCACCUGCUGCUGGGUCCCUUGUAGUGCAGGAGAUUGGGGCUAAGGGCCCCUCCCAGAGAAGGGACACCAUCAGGCCUCUGGCUGAGGCAGUUGCAUAGAGGAUCCACUUCUACCUGCAUUUCCCAAAGGACUAGCAGGAGGCAGCCUUGAGAAACCUGCAGUUCCCAAGCCAGCCCCUGGCUGUUCUCUCAUUGUCACUGCCUUCUCCCCAACCUCUCCUCUAACCCACUAGAGCUUGCCUGUGUCCUGCCUCUUGCCUCUUGUAGAAUUCAGCUCUGGCCCUCAAUAAAUGCUUCCUGCAUUCUUCUGC